AUAUACUUCUAGGCGCCUUGGUGUCGGCUAGAGAACUUGUUUUCAUUAAACUUACAUAUUUAGUUCAACCAUCUGUAGUACUCUUACUCGGUUUCGCAGUUUGCUAUUCUUUGUGAUAUAAAUUAACCACCAGACUGAAUAUUCCCAAUAACAACAAUGACCUCUGUGUCGCUUCGAAUCGGAAAGUCAUUUUAUCUACCGGUUAGGGCACUCUCAACAACAUCGACUCUCCCACGAGAUGGGUCAUCGGAGUCAUGGCUUAGCAAAUUGCUUGUUCGGAAGAUUGAGCCAACCAAGGAAUCGCACAGCCGGAUGCUGAGUGAUAAGGAAAUUAUUUACGAAUUGCAUACCCACAAUGUCCGCCCAGAUUCGGUUGAAAAGUACAUGGAAAACUACAAGAAAUCGGUUGGUAUCGUAUCAUCGAAAAAAAAUCUGACCAUCGAGCUAAUUGGUUCCUGGAGUGUUGACGUCGGCGAUUUGGAUCAGUGCUUGCAUCUGUGGCGUUAUACUGGAGGCUUCGAGAUGGUUGAUCAGAGCAAGAAAGUCUUAUGCAGUGAUUCUGAUUACGUGAAGUUGACUAAGGAGCGUGGAAACUUUUUGCGUUCUCGUCAUUUACAGUACUUGUUGGCCUUUAGCUAUUGGCCACAGCUAGCUUUGCGUAAAGACAAGAAUAUCUAUGAAAUUCGUUCGUACCGACUCAAACCAGGCACCAUGAUUGAAUGGGGCAACAACUGGGCCCGGGCGAUCAACUAUCGGCAAAACAACGACGAAGCCUUCGCUGGUUUCUUUUCACAAAUUGGCCGACUGUAUAAUGUGCAUCAUAUUUGGUGUUACAAAGAUCUUCUAUCUCGUAAGGAAACUCGAGAAUCGGCGUGGCGGUCACCUGGCUGGGAUGAAUGCGUAGCCUAUACAGUGCCGUUGAUACGAGAGAUGCACUGUCGUAUUUUAAUCCCAACAGAUUUUUCGCCCACUCAAUAGCCCCAUAAAACUGGUCAAUUCACGCUGAAAAUAAAUAUAAAACAGGCAUACUAUAUACUUUUGGAUUGUUUAACAUUUUAAGUUAACGCUCAAACAUACAUACAAACAUACAGAUUUAGUCGAACCAAUUUUGUGCGGCGCUAGGAUUAAAAUUGAUAAUCAUGCAUUUAUCUUGUCAUAGCUGACAAAAACUGUUUUUAUGAAAAAAAAACUCGGUCUAGAAUGAUUUCGUUCAUUAUGUCUGUUGAAUUAUGAAAAAAAACAUACAAUUGUGGAAAUAUAUACUUUUUUGAAAUGUACUCAUUUA